CCCCUAUGAGAUUUCAAAAAUUGUCCAAUUAUUUUUGCCCUCAACUAUUACGAUGUUUCGUCGUCACUUCUGUGCUCUUCGUCACCGAUCUCCAUCUCCGUCGUCGAUUUCUUCGUAUUCUUGCGAAUAAGGUGGUGGAAAUUAGCAGCAACUAAAAGCUCUAACAUUUUGUAAUCAACCAUUGGUAAAGAGAAAGAGGAAUGUGUUAAAUUGUAGUAGUGGAAAGGAGAGAAAUGAGAAUAGUCGGGUUAACAGGAGGCAUAGCGUCUGGCAAGAGUACAGUCUCCAAUCUCUUCAAGUCUAGUGGCAUUCCCGUUGUUGAUGCUGAUGUCGUUGCUCGAAAUGUAUUAAAGAAAGGAAGUGGAGGAUGGAAAAGAGUAGUUGGAGCUUUUGGGGAGGAGAUUCUGCUUCCUAGUAGAGAAGUGGACCGGCCAAAACUUGGUCAGAUGGUGUUCUCUUCCGAUUCCAAGCGCCAACUUCUAAACAAGCUUAUGGCUCCGUACAUAUCAACUGGUAUCUUUUGGGAAAUUUUGAAACAAUGGGCAAAGGGAGCUAAAGUUAUAGUUGUUGAUAUCCCAUUGUUGUUCGAAGCAAAGAUGGAUAAAUGGACAAAACCCAUUGUAGUCGUAUGGGUCAGUGAAGAAACACAACUCAAGAGACUGAUGGAGAGAGAUGGACUGAGUGAGGAAGAUGCAAGAAACAGAAUCAUGGCUCAGAUGUCGUUGGAUUCGAAAAGAAGCAAAGCUGAUGUUGUGAUCGAUAAUAAUGGCGGUCUCGACGAACUCAACCAUCAGUUCAACAUGGUUUUGUCUGAAAUUAGAAGACCUUUGACAUGGACCGAGUUUUGGAGGUCAAGGCAAGGUGCCUUUUCGGUUCUUGGUUCGGUGGUUUUAGGUGUCCUUGUUUGUAAAAGGCUCUAAAAAUGGCUAUAAGCAUUUUGUAUUAGAAUCUUGAACACCACUAUUGUUUCUUAUAUAUUAGAAUCUUCACAAUUUUCACUUAUAUA